UCUUCACUGACCAUGGAAGCAAGCUGGUUAGUCCUCCUGCUUAGGACAGGGGUCCAGCUCUUGGCCCUACCUAUAUACUUGCUGUGGUAUCUGGGCUUGUGGGGCCCCUUUUGCAAGAAGGCAUUCCCACACAUCAUGGCCCGGAUAGCUGUUGGUUAUAAUGAGAAGAUGUCCACCAAGAAAAAGGAACUUUUUAGCAACCUGAAAAACUUUGCUGGCCCCUCAGGAGUGCUCACGCUAUUGGAGAUUGGCUCAGGAAGUGGAUCUAACUUUGAGUUCUAUCCAGCAGGAUGCAGACUCAUAUGCAAUGAUAACAAUGACAACUUCAGCAAAUUUCUUCACAAGAGUCUGUCUCAGAAUCCACACUUGCAGCUGGAUCGCUGCAUGAUAGCACCAGCUGAAGACUUGCAGCAAAUACCAAACGCAUCAGUUGAUGUUGUGGUUUGCACCUUGGUGCUAUGCUCUGUGGAGAGCACGGAAAGAGUCCUAAAUGAAGUUCUACGAGUGCUGCGACCAGGUGGUGCUUUCUACUUCAUGGAACAUGUUGCCGGUGCUGCUUUCAGCUGGUGUCUCUUCUGGCAGCAAAUCUAUGAUCCGGUUUGGCAGAUUUUGUUUGAUGGGUGCCACUUGUUUAGAGAGACCUGGAAAGACCUGGAAAAAGCUGGAUUCUCAGAGCUGAAGCUAUGGCACACACGUGCCCCUUUAAAGUGGCAUCUUACACAGCCUCAUAUCAUAGGCUAUGCUGUGAAAUAACUAAAUAAUAUAGACAA